UAAUGGCAACAAAAACAUUAUCUCCAACAUCCGCAGAACAAUCUGCACGCGCUACAAGAUCAGACGUAACGACGACAAAAACAAAUAUCUCGUUGAAAACAAACGGGUAGCCAUGCAGUUUAAAUUUGAUAGUCACAACCACGUCGGACAGGUGCUGAAGAUCGACAAUACGAUGACGGCUGAGGGAUACGAGAAAAAUUACGAUUUGAAAAACAAAUUACGAUUGAUAAUUGACGAGAUUGGUAAAAUGUCGGCUGUGGCUCAAGAAUUAGAGUUGCCGAUUACCAGUGCCAACAAGCUCAUCAAUUCUGAUAAUGUUAUUUACAUGAUGACUGAACAAAAUACACCUAUUAAUUUUGUUGUUGUUGGAAUUUUGAAAAUGGGAUGGAAAAAGUUGUACCUUUACAACAAAAAUGGUACUCGUUCAGAAACCAUGGUUUAUUGUUUGUUGGAUUUUUACAUCCAUGAGUCUAAACAGCGUCAAGGUUACGGAAAACGAUUGAUUGAAUACAUGUUACAGGAUAUGAAAUUGGAUGUUAAGCAAUUGGUUAUUGAUACUCCAACUACUACUUUAUUGCAGUUUAUGUGGAAAAAUUUCCAUCUAUCCAAAUUAGUAAACCAGGGAAACAAUUUUGUUAUUUAUGAGGAAUUCUUUGAUGAAUUUGAUCAAAAUCAUGACAAUACUGGAAAUAGAACAUCAGGGUAUAAUCGUCCACCUACAUUUGGACGCCAUGGAGCUCAUAAACAUCAUGAUUCAAUGGGUGAAAUUAUACAAGAUACAGGAGCUCCUUCUUCUGUGAAGCACGACCAUGUCAAUAAUUUUGUUCAUGACCAAUUCACUAAAUUUAAACCACAUACUGAAGAAGCUUUAGGCUCACUUCAAAUCAACAAAUAUGGUGAUUAUGUGGAGCGAGAUCUUAAAUACCAUCACAGCUCAACAUGAUGUAAAAAACUAUUGCUUUGAAUUCAAAUUACUUAUUAUAACUGAAAGAAUUUAUUGUUCAAUUAUAUGCCAGUAUCUGAAAAUAUUUUAAUAGUUUGAAUAUGUCCAUUUCAUUGUAGCUGUAGCUAAUAGACUAAUAAUACAUUAAUUAUUUUUGAUUA